GUUACGGUGGAAUCGCAAAUAUUCGGCGACGGUGGUGCGCGACGAGGGUGAGAAAAAAAAAGCAGUGUCGCGAGAACGUGAAUUUUGAACGGAUCUAGUGGACACGUGAGCCAUGUGUCUAUCUCACGUCGCAGUUAGACGCGUUGUUGCAUUACCUUGUGGCGUCGCAGUGCCUUCGUUCGCGACGUUCACCGCUAUUACGCAAUGACGAGCCGUCACAAUGUAGGACACUUUGUGUGAGGGUCGCUGUGACUUCGUUCGAUCGAAAGCUUCCUUCUCGAUCGUUUUUCGUGGAUGAACAGUUACCAGCAUGAGCUUUUUGCCCCGCAGACGAUUUCGUAUCACUCCGCUACGAGCGUUGGCGGCGUUCGUCCUGAUGGUCAUGCUGUUCUGGUACAGCCUCAGUCGGCAAGAGGUACCUAGGCAGCCGUGCAGCGUACCCGAGGAAUUUACAGAGAAACUGCACGAGCUUACCUACAGGGCUCAUUUGGUACUGGCCAAACUGGGUAUUGUGCACUUUCUGUGCCUUGGAGGACUUUGGGGUCAAGUUCGAAUUGGCCGUGCCUUGCCCUGGGCACGUAAGGUCGAGCUCUGCCUUGUUGAUACACUCAGAGAUGACGUUCUAAUCACGAAAGCGUUCCGUGAAGUUGGCCUGAGCGCUACGUACCUACACGCGGCCGGUGUGUACCGCAUCCAGGAACACGAGGUUAGCGAAGACGCGCCAAAAGUGGAGGUUGUUGUCUUCGAGGAAGAUGCUGUGACACAAAUGGUAAGGAGAGUCGGUUGGACAAGAAGAGUGCUACCUCCGGACUGCGAGUUCUCCCCCAGCCUGCAAUGUUUUCCACCUCAACUCGUAAUUCCUCCCUUACCGGCGAAGCAGUUCGGUGGUCGGCUAAUGCCUGUCCCUAGGGAGGGCAUUGAGUUACAAAAAUAUCACUAUCCCAACGACUGGUGGCUCGAGGUGAAACCAACCGACUGCACCGAACCACAAGAAACGGGCGCGUAG